AUGGACGUGCAGAUGCGGACAACACCAGCCAGGAUGGCAAUGGGAAUGCUCAUCGUGUGGUUCUUCGUUCGACAAGCGGCGGAGACCGAGCAGGAGCGUUUCUCGCCACAAAAGACAAAGAGGCCAGGGCGAGACCGCUCCCAGCAGGAGCGCAAGCCCGACCGCGAUGGCCUGGACAAAGCGGCUCGCAAGCUCAUCGAGAGAGUGGUCCCUGCCCUGAAACAUAUUGCCGAGUCGCACGAAGAUUGGGGCAAGUGGGAGCCUCCAGAAGACCGCCGCAUGCACAGCCAGUUCCGAGAUCGAGCGAAGACUCGAAUGAUGGUGCUGGCUCGGCUGGCAGUGCAGGCGGUCAGAGCGAGGAAGUCAGACGAGGAGUUGAAGGAGGAGAUGGGCAUGCUACUGUAUCCCCUGGACCAGCUAAAGCCGCUGAGCGAAGUGAAAGCAGAACAUAUGGCACGCUUGACAGCCAAGAUGGAGGACCUGAAGAAUACAAAAUGCCGCAUCGCCCUGCUGGAGACACAAGUUCAGGAGAUCGAGGACGAUAUCGCGGACACCAAGUCAACUCUGGCGGAGAUCGAGUCCAAGAUAGCAGUCGAGCUCAGGGACAUUCUUCCAGGUGCAGAGCCAAAUACUUUAGGAAUGGACACAUCGGGGACAGGUUCGAAGAAUACAGCGGCCGCCCAGACGAUUGCAACUCUGCAGGAGCAGAGCCGCAACGGGACGACAGCAUAUGCACAGCUCCAGCUACAGAACCAGCAAAUGGUCUACCAGAUGGUGAAGAUGCAGGAGUACAUGCGGCAGUACCCUGGCGGCCCAUGCCCGCCAAGCCCCCAGCGGCUACGCGGCACCCCAGAUGCCGCCCCUGGGGCCCAUCCCAAGGCAGCCGCAAACCCUGGAGGCGACGGGGUUUACCGCGCCAGCACCGGUUGCAGCAGUGCCGCAGCCACCGGUGCCAACGGCACAGACGGCACCUCA